GGUCAUGUGACCACAUAUUUUUGAAGACGCAUCCAUUUCAAUCAUCCUGCAAAGAAGGGAGACACAUGGCUUGAGAGACCAAAAUCCAUCAUGCCACGCAAAUACAAAAGGAAGACAGACAGGGUUUCAACUCCUCUUGAGGAGUUGGAAAGAGCAGUGAAAGAGGUGCAACAGGGGAAGACCAUACGUCAGGUUGGAAAGGAGAUGAAGAUCUGCAGGAUGACCAUAAAAAGAUAUAUGGAUAAGAAAAAAAUAGGAGAAGUAACAAAGCCAGGCUAUGAAAGAACAGCAGUCUCCAAACGAGUCUUCAAUGAGAACAUGGAGAAAGAGCUGGCUGACCAUAUUAAGACACUAGCAGCAAUGUUUCAUGGCAUAGGUGUCAUGAAAUGCCGUGAACUGGCUUUUGAGUUCGCACAAAGAAAUAGCAUUGACAUGCCUGCCAGCUGGACCAGAGACGAAAAAGCAGGACCUGAUUGGUUCAACGCCUUUAAAGCACGCUACCAUUUGGCAUGCCGCGUUCCUGAAGCAACCUCUCUUGGAAGAGCUACUGCCUUUAAUAAGCACAACGUGGGGGAGUUCUUUGAUAACCUCUCUAAAGUGAUGGACAGGUACAGCUUCCCUCCACACAUGAUGUACAACAUGGAUGAAACUGGUGUGACGACAGUGCAGACACCCAAGCAGGUUGUCACAGAGAAAGGGAAGAAACAAGUGGGUUCAGUAACAUCUGCUGAAAGAGGAGAGCUCGUCACUGUGGCCUGUGCAGUAAACGCCACUGGAAAUGCAGUCCCACCCAUGUUCAUUUUCCCGCGUGUCCGCUUCAAGGACAGCCAGAAGGGAGUAUAAGUUCACAUUCCCCUGCAGCAUUGACAAGUGGGAUGUUCAGUAGUAGGCCGAAUCUGUGAAGAGAUUCAGAUGCAGAUGAUUUGCAGAUGAUUAGGUGCUCAUUUUGGAAUUUUAAUUUUGUUCUGAGUAUGUGUUCAUGUGGCGCUAGGCCUUGUUUAAGCAAAUUGGCCACACCACAAAACUUGGUGGUACAGCCAGAAGGGAACAUAAGUUCAUAUUUCCCUGCAGCAUUGGCCAAGUAGGAUGUUAGGUGUUCAUAGGCCUUGUUAUAGAAAAGUGGCCUUUGAUGUUGUUAAAACUUUAAAUAAACAUUAAAUAAAUAA